AGGGAGUUGUCCGUGCCAUCUUGGCCUUGGACCUGGUGUACUGGCCUGGCCUGGGCCGCUGGCACUUCUGGCCCAACCCAUAGCCUGGAGGGAAAGUGUUCUAGUUGAGCUGGAGGCUCCAGGGCCCUUCACCGGCUUUCUGCCCUGUGCCUCCCACCAGUCUGGUGCCAUCUGAAUUACUCUGUUAGUGGGACAGCAGUAGCAUACUCAUACCUGUGACUGGCUUUCACCCCAGUAGUGAUGGCCGGCCAUCAGCACUGCCCACCCCAUGUUGGGGCUACCUCAGCCCAUCCUUGCAUAACAGGGCAAGGUGAACUAAUGGCAGUGGGCGGAGGAGUUGGAAGAAAUCCUAGCGUCAGUCAUCUGGGUAGAAUGCCCAAGGUACCCUCUUUUUGGAGGAUGGUUUCCAUUUCUGGAGGCGAUCAGCUGCCAGAGUGGAUGCCUUCUUGCCUGUCUUCUGGGGAAUCCGGGAGAGAGAGAGAAUGAGAAUCUCAUUGUGGUGGAAAGAGUGCAGCUGUGUACUUUGAACUCCUGUAAAUUCUCUGCCUUAUGUCCACUAACCAACAUCGAGUUUUGUGAAUGUAUGUGGAGGCAAGGGAAGGGCCACCCAGGAUCUACUGUUGAAGGAACAGGCCUGGGGCUGGAGUCUUCGCUUCCUGAAGGGCAGUGUGAGGUGGUGGUGGGAUAUCGGCCACAGAGGAGCUCAGCCCAGUUUGACAGGAUGUGGGACUGAGAGAAAAGCUGGGUUCGGGGCAGAGAUCAGGUUACCGGCGCUUUCUCAACUGCUCCCUGCCUGGUUGGUGCUGGGGCUGGCCCUCAUUUGUCGCUUCUUUUGGGGCUCCACCCAGCCCAGACUCUAGCCCCCUCCCCCUUCCCAACAGCCUUGACUUCAUCUCAGCUCCAGAGCCCGCCCUCUCUUCCUGCAGCCUGGGAACUUCAGCCGGCUGCAGGUCAGCUCCCCUCCCCAGGGAAGGAGGAAGUGAGCGAAGCUUCGAAGCCCUACCAUGGCUGCAAUCCGAAAGAAGCUGGUGAUCGUCGGGGAUGGUGCCUGUGGGAAGACCUGCCUCCUCAUCGUCUUCAGCAAGGAUCAGUUUCCAGAAGUCUACGUGCCUACUGUCUUUGAGAACUAUAUUGCGGACAUUGAAGUGGACGGCAAACAGGUGGAGCUGGCUCUGUGGGACACAGCAGGACAGGAAGACUACGAUCGACUGCGGCCUCUCUCCUACCCCGACACUGAUGUCAUCCUCAUGUGCUUCUCCAUCGACAGCCCCGACAGCCUGGAAAACAUUCCUGAGAAGUGGACCCCAGAGGUGAAGCACUUCUGCCCCAACGUGCCCAUCAUCCUAGUGGGGAAUAAGAAGGACCUGAGGCAAGAUGAGCACACCAGGAGAGAGCUGGCCAAGAUGAAGCAGGAGCCUGUUCGGUCUGAGGAAGGCCGAGACAUGGCGAACCGGAUCAGUGCCUUUGGCUACCUUGAGUGCUCAGCCAAGACCAAGGAGGGAGUGCGGGAGGUGUUUGAGAUGGCCACUCGGGCUGGCCUCCAGGUCCGCAAGAACAAGCGCCGGAGGGGCUGCCCCAUUCUCUGAGAUCCCCAAGGCCUCUCCUACAUGCCCCCUCCCUUCACAGGGGUACAGAAAUUACCACCCUACAACCCCAGCCUCCUGAAGGCUCCGUGCUGACGGCUCCCUUCUCAGUUCCCUCCUGCCCAGGACUGCAUUGAAGUUUCUCAGCCCCAAGGUGGUGGCGCGGGCCCUCCCUCCCAGUGCUCUGGGAGCCGGGCGCUGCCCUGCCCUUCCUCAGGGCCCCUGGGGCGCGUGCCGCCUUUAAUCUUCCCCAAAGGAUGGUCACACACCAGCACUUUAUACACUUCUGGCUCACAGCAAAGUGUCUGCGGUAGGGGACCCUAGAGUCCCAGGCCCCUGGAGUUGUUUUCGGUUAAGGGCCUCGUCUCUGCAUUUGGUCAGGGGGGCAUGAAUAAAGGCCACAGGGUC